UUGCCUUAAAACACGAGUGAUAAUUUUUUUGUAAACAAUUUCUAAUUAUUGUCAACUUAAAAUUAAAAACGAAAACACUGAACUAUUUCAAUGAGUUCCCGCAAUCGUGGAAAGGGUAGACGUGGCGGUGGAGGAGGCGGUGGUGGUGGUCAUGGUCCCUAUCGUAAUGUAAAAUCGAAUCGUAACUGUGAACGUUCAUUUGCCCAGAGGGAAUGUGAAUUAGCUUCCGAUUCAGAGGAUAGUUCUGGUUCAGAAAGUUCCUCAUCUGUGGAAAUAGAGGGUCAUGGAAAAGCACCAGAUUUUCCAAUUGCUAUGUGGGAUCUAAAUCACUGUGAUCCUAAAAAGUGUUCAGGUCGCAAACUAUCAAGAUUAGGCCUUAUAGAAAACUUGCGUUUGGGACAAAAAUUUGCCGGCCUAGUAUUAACUCCAGUCGGUGUUAGUUGUGUAAGUCCUGUGGAUAAAGAUAUUGUGGCUAAUUCUGGUGUAGCGGUUGUAGAUUGUUCUUGGGCUAAAUUGGAUGAAACACCAUUUUCUAGAAUGCGUAGCCCUCAUCCACGUUUGUUGCCAUUUUUGGUAGCAGCCAAUCCCAUUAACUAUGGCAAACCCUGUAAACUAAGUUGUGUAGAGGCAAUUGCAGCUACCCUAUUUAUAUGCGGUUUUCGUGAGGAAGCUAAAUGGUAUAUGGGUAAAUUUUCAUGGGGUCAUUCAUUUUUGGAACUAAAUGAGACAUUGUUAGAACGAUAUGCUGCCUGUAAGUCUAGUGAGGAAAUUUUGAAAGUUCAAAAUACCUAUCUGGAGGAGGAGCAAGGUGCUAGAAAUAAACCUAAGGACUACAGUGAAUUCUAUCCCACCAGCAGCAGUAGUGAGGAAGAGGAGGAAAAUGACGCGGAAGAGACUAAUGAAAAAACUACGUAAAAAGUUGACAAUAAUUAGUGUAAGUUUUUAAAAAUAAAGAACUACUAAAUUAAAA